AUGGUAUCUGAGACGCUAGAACCGCUCAAAAUUAAGCCCAAUGACAAGAAGCGGGUAGCCUACUUUUAUGACUCGGAUGUGGGCAACUAUGCGUACGGUGCAGGCCACCCCAUGAAGGCACAUCGCAUCCGCAUGGCCCACUCCCUUAUUAUGAACUACGGGCUCUACAAAGAUAUGGAAAUUUACCGGGCAAAGCCGGCCACCAAGCAGGAAAUGUGUCAAUUUCAUACCGAUGAGUACGUUGACUUUCUCUCACGAGUGACCCCAGACAACAUGGACCAGUUUGCCAAAGAGCAAGUCAAGUUCAACGUCGGCGACGACUGCCCGGUCUUUGAUGGUCUGUUUGAGUACUGUGGUAUUUCGGGCGGUAGUUCCAUGGAAGGCGCUGCUCGCCUGAACCGCCAAAAAUGUGAUAUUGCCGUCAACUGGGCCGGCGGGUUGCACCACGCAAAGAAGUCUGAGGCGUCCGGAUUCUGCUAUGUCAACGACAUCGCUCUGGGCAUUAUCGAGCUCCUGCGUUACCACCAGCGUGUGCUCUACAUUGAUAUCGAUGUUCAUCAUGGUGAUGGUGUGGAGGAAGCGUUUUACACAACCGACCGAGUCAUGACAUGCUCGUUCCACAAAUACGGCGAGUUCUUCCCCGGAACCGGUGAGCUGCGUGAUAUCGGUGUUGGGAAGGGUAAAUACCAUGCGGUGAACUUCCCACUAAGAGACGGUAUCGAUGAUAAGACUUACCACUCAGUUUUCAAGCCGGUCAUCAAAGCGAUUAUGGACUGGUAUCAGCCGGGUGCCGUUGUAUUGCAAUGCGGUGGCGAUUCACUUUCGGGUGACCGUCUUGGUUGUUUUAAUCUGUCCAUGUAUGGCCAUGCCACCUGCGUGGAGUACGUUCGCUCGUUCAACCUCCCCAUGCUUGUCGUAGGCGGUGGUGGAUAUACCAUGCGCAACGUAGCCCGCACCUGGGCCUACGAAACCGGUGUGUGUGUUGGCAAAGAAAUGGAAGCAGAGUUGCCCUACAACGACUAUUAUGAGUAUUAUGGACCAGAUUACCGGUUGGAAGUCCGACCAUCUAACAUGCAAAAUGCAAACUCUCCCGAGUAUCUCAACAAGAUCCUGACCCAGGUCUUACAGAACCUCGAGCGAACCAAGUUUGCUCCAUCAGUACAGAUGCAGGCAGUCCCCCGUGAUGCAGAAGAAGAUUCCAAGGAUGAUGAAGACUCGAACGAAGUAAAAGAAGCCAAGGGUGGUACGCUCGAAGAACGCGACAAGCAUGUCGCCCCGGCAAACGAGUUUGAGGAUUCAAUGGAUCUCAGUUAA